CUUUAUUUUCCCUCCACUUUUCCUUCUUCAGGAAAUUGUACUAUGCGCUUCAGAUACUUGUACAUUCCCUCGAACAAUUCCAAAUAAAUAGAUUAGACAAAUAUACCCCCGUGUGUGUGUGUAUAUAUAUAUACACACAGAUAGAAAUAAGCACACCUCCACUGCGUGUGCUUCUGUGUGAGAGAGAGAGAGGAGAGAGAUAGAGUGAGAAAGAGAAGUGUGUCAAUUAUCCAAACAAUAUAGAAACAACAGCGCCACCACGGAGCGCUGAAAAAAUAAUAAAAAGAAAAUAAAAAAACCCUAGUCCAGAACCGCCGCGACUCAGUGCAGAUGGACGCCGAGUCAACUCAGUUCCAGCAGGCGCAGCUGAUGGCGAUUCUGGGGCCGGACCCGGCGCCGUUCGAGACGCUGAUAUCGCAUUUGAUGUCCUCCGCCAACGAGCAGCGGUCUCAGGCCGAGUCGAUUUUCAAUUUGCUCAAGCAGAACGAUCCCAACUCGCUCGCCCUCAAACUCGCGAACCUGCUCUCGUCGUCCGUGCACCUCGAGGCGCGCGCCAUGGCCACCAUCCUCCUCCGGAAGCAGCUGACGCGGGACGACUCGUUCAUCUGGCCGCAGCUCACCGAGCCGACUCGCUCCGCGGUCAAAAACAUCCUCCUCUCCGCCAUCCAGAACGAGGAAUCCAAAUCCAUUAUCAAAAAGCUGUGCGACACCGUUUCGGAGCUCGCCUCCUCCCUCGUCCCGGAGAAUCAGUGGCCGGAGAUUCUGCCCUUCAUGUUUCAGAGCGUCAGUUCCAAUUCCCCCAAAUUGCAGGAGUCCGCUUUCCUGAUGUUCUCCCAGUUGGCUCAAUUCAUCGGAGAAACGCUCACGCCGUACAUCACCGAUUUGCACACCGUUUUCCUGAACGUGUUGAACAAUUCCACCAAUCCGGAUGUGAAAAUUGCAGCCCUCAGCGCGGUUAUCAAUUUUAUCCAGUGCCUGUCGAGUUCGAACGAUCGGGAUAGGUUCCAGGAUUUGUUGCCUUCAAUGAUGAAGACGUUGACCGAGGCGCUGAACUCUGGGCAAGAAGCCACUGCUCAAGAGGCUCUGGAGUUGUUGAUUGAGUUGGCCGGGACCGAGCCAAGAUUCCUUCGCAGGCAGAUUGUGGAUGUUGUGGGGUCCAUGUUGCAGAUAGCCGAAGCAGAGAGUUUAGAGGAAGGGACUCGUCAUUUGGCGAUUGAAUUUGUGAUUACUUUGGCGGAAGCGAGAGAGAGAGCACCUGGAAUGAUGCGAAAGCUGCCGCAGUUCAUCAGUAGGGUUUUUGCUAUUUUGAUGAAGAUGCUUGUGGAUGUGGAGGACGAUCCUGCGUGGCACAGUGCGGAGACUAAGGAUGAGGAUGCGGGGGAGACGAGUAAUUACAGCGUUGGGCAAGAGUGUUUGGAUAGGCUUGCUAUCGCCCUUGGUGGGAACACUAUUGUGCCCGUGGCAUCGGAGCAGCUGCCCGCUUAUUUGUCUGCUACUGAGUGGCAGAAGCAUCACGCAGCACUAAUUGCUCUUGCGCAAAUUGCGGAGGGUUGCUCGAAGGUGAUGAUUAAGAAUUUGGAGCAAGUCGUGACCAUGGUUUUGAAUUCCUUUCAACAUCCGCAUCCUCGUGUGAGAUGGGCAGCUAUUAAUGCAAUUGGUCAACUUUCAACUGAUCUGGGCCCAGAUUUACAAGUUCAAUACCAUCAACAUGUGCUACCAGCACUAGCUGGAGCAAUGGAUGAUUUCCAGAAUCCUCGAGUACAGGCACAUGCUGCUUCAGCUGUGCUCAACUUCAGUGAGAAUUGCACUCCAGAAAUUUUGACACCUUACUUAGAUGGGAUUGUGCACAAGCUACUUCUCCUGCUACAGAACUCCAAACAAAUGGUACAGGAAGGUGCCUUAACAGCUUUAGCUUCUGUUGCUGAUUCAUCUCAGAUACACUUCCAGAAAUACUAUAGCGCAGUCAUGCCGUACUUGAAGACCAUCUUGGUGAAUGCAACAGACAAGUCUAACCGCAUGCUUCGUGCCAAGGCCAUGGAGUGCAUCAGCUUGGUAGGAAUGGCUGUUGGAAAAGAUAUAUUCAAGGAAGACGCCAAGCAGGUCAUGGAAGUGCUUAUGUCAUUGCAAGGAUCGCAAAUGGAGACAGAUGAUCCGACUACAAGUUACAUGCUACAAGCAUGGGCCAGACUUUGCAAGUGCUUGGGACAGGAUUUCCUACCUUACAUGAGCGUGGUCAUGCCUCCUUUGCUUCAGUCUGCUCAGCUGAAGCCUGACGUGACCAUCACAUCUGCUGAUUCGGACAAUGAAAUUGAUGAAUCAGACGAUGAAAGCAUGGAGACCAUCACCCUUGGUGACAAAAGAAUUGGGAUUAAGACUAGUGUCCUCGAAGAGAAGGCCACUGCUUGCAAUAUGUUAUGUUGCUAUGCUGAUGAAUUGAAGGAAGGUUUCUAUCCAUGGAUCGAUCAGGUUGCCCCAACUUUGGUUCCCCUUUUGAAAUUUUAUUUUCAUGAAGAAGUAAGGAAAGCUGCUGUUUCAGCAAUGCCGGAGCUAUUGAGGUCUGCAAAAUUGGCUGUGGAGAAAGGGAUUGCUCAGGGCCGUAACGAGACAUAUGUUAAACAGUUGUCUGACUACAUAGUUCCUGCUUUAGUGGAAGCUCUACAUAAGGAGCCUGAUACAGAGAUUUGUGCAAAUAUGUUGGAUGCAAUAAAUGAAUGUCUGCAGAUUUCUGGCCAACUUCUAGAUGAAAGUCAAGUGAGAAGCAUAGUGGAUGAGAUAAAGCAGGUGAUUACAGCUAGCUCAAGUAGAAAGAGAGAGAGAGCUGAGAGGUCCAAAGCUGAAGAUUUUGAUGCUGAAGAGGGAGAAUUGCUUAAAGAGGAAAACGAGCAAGAAGAAGAAGUGUUUGACCAAGUUGGUGAAAUUUUGGGAACCAUGAUCAAAACAUUCAAGGCUUCUUUCUUGCCCUUCUUUGAUGAACUGUCAUCAUACUUGAUGCCUAUGUGGGGAAAAGAUAAGACAGCAGAAGAGAGAAGAAUCGCUAUUUGCAUCUUCGAUGAUGUGGCUGAGCAGUGCCGUGAAUCAGCUCUCAAGUAUUAUGAUACAUAUCUUCCUUUCCUCUUGGAAGCUUGUAAUGACGAAAAUCAAGAUGUCCGACAGGCUGCUGUUUAUGGACUUGGGGUGUGUGCAGAAUUUGGUGCAUCUGUAAUUAAACCACUUGUUGGAGAGGCUCUUUCGAGGCUCAAUGUCGUUAUCAGGCAUCCAAACGCUUUGCAGCCAGAAAAUGUGAUGGCAUAUGAUAAUGCUGUUUCAGCACUGGGAAAGAUAUGCCAAUUUCAUCGUGAUAGCAUUGAUGCAGCUCAGGUCAUUCCUGCCUGGUUGAGUUGCUUGCCAAUUAAAGGCGAUCUCAUCGAAGCAAAAGUUGUUCAUGAGCAGCUUUGUUCAAUGGUUGAGAGAUCCGAUGCAGAACUUCUUGGUCCGAACAAUCAGUAUCUUCCCAAAAUUGUCUCCGUGUUUGCUGAGGUUCUUCUUGCAGGCAAUGAUCUUGCGACAGAGCAAACUACCAGUCGAAUGAUAAAUUUGUUGAGACAUUUACAGCAGACGUUGCCUCCGUCAACUCUCGCCUCCACAUGGGCAUCCUUACAACCUCAACAACAGCUUGCACUGCAGUCACUUCUAUCCUCAUAGUGCUCGCUCGUCGAGUUAUUACGUCUGCUUGUGUGCCAAUCAUACAUAUAUUUAUUCCUCAAUUCUUUCAGAUACGAGAGAGAGAGAUGUCGCAACAAUUAUUCAUCUGCAUACGGUUCAUGCAUUCGUUUGGUUGGGUGUGAAUGAAUUUUGAGAGUAAAAUGUAGUCUAUUUUUCUGUAUAACGUGUACAAAAGCAUUCGCUUUGAGGGAUUGGCGGGAUCGGGUUCCCGUGUUGUGGUUUGUGAGAUUCUAUUUUAUCGGUCAAUUUUGAUAUCCGGGAUUUGUCAGAGAGGCAAUAUACCCUGUUGUAGUUUUUAGAUUGUUAUAGCAAAAAGAAUUGUGUUUACAUUGUUUUAUUUUAUUUUAUUCAUCAGUUUUGAUCAUUGUUUGAAAAGUCAUAUAUUAAUUUGUUGCCUGGAUUUCUA